AUGCAUAUACGAAAGAAUUUCAAGAAAUGGACCGAGAAUCUACCGCAACGGAGAAAGAGGAGGACCAAUGGAGCGCAUGGAGACUGCCUGAACGUCUCUCCGACCGCAGAGGCAAACGCGCCUGGCCCUUCUGAAUUGUCGGCUACAGCAAACUCUGUGAAGCCUUCUGGACCUGCUGGAAAUCUUGACAAGCUCUCCAAGCCUGAUUCAGUAAAUUGUCAUGCCAAUACCGUCUCAGGUCUUCCCGAAUUCCCUCAGGCCGAGAAGACCAUACCUGAUCCACCGUCUUCUCCCCCCCAGGCUGAGGAGACCAUACCCGAUCCAUCAUCUUCUCAUACGACUCCAACCUCAUCAAGUGAUAGCAAUGACCCCUGGGAGUUGGCGUAUGGAAUCUUGCAGGCUCGAGAGCCCAAGUUGGUAGAAGCUUAUCAGGCUCACUUGGGAUUAGCACAGCACGAUAACUCAAUGCACGCAAAUCUUUCCAAUCCGCGGUCAGUCGAGUCGGUGAUGACGAAGUUGCUGGAAGACCGGGAGAAGAAGCAGUGGCGAUUCUCACUCCUGGGAAAGGAUGUGAAAAUACGAGAGCAAACCGAAAAACUGGCCAAGUUUCUCCUCUGGGCCGACCCAGUAGUGAAGAGCGCCGUUAGCACUCAACCAUACGCAGCUUUGGCAUGGGCUGGCGUCUCGUUGCUUUUAUCUCUACUCUCAAGCAGUACCACUAGCAAUCUGGCGAUGCUAAAAGGCUUCGAUUCAAUCCACAGUAUUCAGAUCUACUGGGGUAUCUUCGAGAAGAAAUACCUGCAGUCCAAGCAUAGGGAAGAGUACCAAGAUCUCCUUGAGCCCCUUGCUGCUCUCUACUCGCAUAUCAUCGAAUACCAAGCGCGUGCUAUCUGCCAUCUUUCCAAAGCCCAACUCUCUCGCGCAUGGGUGAACAUAGCCGGUGAAAGCGACUGGGAUGAAAUGAUCUCAAAAAUCGAAUCAUCAAGCGAGGCUUGUAGCUCCCAUCUUUCUCAUUACGUGUUGGAAGAGACUCGCAAUAAUCGAGAUAGUCAGCUCCAGGAGAUCAGAGAGUCUCGGAGUAUUCUUGAGGAGAUUUGCAAUGUCCUAAAAGCGGAUACGAGUCGUAACAAGAAGGACUACGAAGACCAGAACGAGCGAAACCUUCUUCAAGCACUCGCGUCCGACUACGAAGAUGACAAGAACUACAACCCACUGCGAGUCCCAGACACAUGCGAAUGGUUCUUUCAGGGUAACGAAUUUCGAAACUGGCGCGACAGCGACUGUUCUACUCUCCUGUGGGUUUCCGCCGGCCCUGGCUGUGGAAAGUCGGUUUUAUCACGGACUCUUAUCGAUGAGAACCGGCUUUCUACGAAUGUCACGACAUCGACGAUCUGCUAUUUCUUUUUCAAGGAUGGAGAUGAGCGCCGUAUGUCAGCCACCAAUGCUUUGUGCGCAUUCCUUCAUCAGCUUUUCACCCACGAUCCGACGGGCACGCUGAUCCAAAAUGCGGUCAUCAGCCAUAAGAAUCACGGUGCAAAUCUAGCAAAUAACUUCUCCGAACUGUGGCGUCUUUUUAUCCAAUGUGUCAGCUCGCCAGAGCUUGGGGAGGUAAUUUGUCUCCUGGAUGCCCUGGAUGAGUGCAAUGUCAAUAGCAUGCGGCAAUUGCUCAGCAAUCUGAAGGAGCUCUACUCUAAACCCCAGCUUUCAUCCUCAACCUCAAAACUGAAGUUCCUGAUCACGAGUCGCCCUUAUGAUGAUUUGGAGCUAUCGUUUGAUGGUUUUCCGGAUACAAGUGCUUAUUUGCAUUUUGAUGGAGACGACAAGUCUGCCGAAAUCAGCCACGAUAUAGAUUUGGUUAUCGAUGCCAAACUACAGAAGGUCGCCAGGAACUUUCGAGAGAGCGACCGUCAAAUGAUUUCCAAACAGAUCAAGGACAUGAAGAAUCGCACUUACCUCUGGCUACACCUCACAUUCGAUAUUAUUGAGCAGAGCCCAAGCGCGUAUAGUCGACGGUCUGAUGUCAAAGAACUUCUCUCCGGGCUACCUUCGAAGGUCUCAGACGCAUAUGAAAAGAUUCUAGACCGCAGCGAGAACGAGCUUCAGACAAAAACUCUUCUUGAAAUUGUUUUGGCUGCAUCACGACCUCUCUCACUUGAUGAAGCCAAUAUAGCCUUGACGAUAGCUUUGAACAAGGACGGUUUCGAUUCAUAUGACAGUCUAGAGGCAGACCUAUGGCCACAAGACGACUUCAAAAGCGUCGUGAAAAAUCUAUGCGGUCUAUUCAUCAAUGUGUACGAUUCGAAGUUGUUUUUCAUUCACCUGACAGCGAGAGAGUUCCUCACCGAUCCCGAUCAGAGUGGAAAGUGGAAGGGCCGGCUGAGUAUGACACAGUCGCACAAGAGGAUGGCGCUGGCGUGUCUAUCAUACUUGUCGCAUCUAGGUGGGCAAGGAUCGGCGAUGAAAAUCAGUGCGAGGUUUCCGUUGGCUCAGUACUCAGCCCUGCAUUGGAUGGAUCAUUCACGGCCUACGGAGACAGAAAAUGACGUUCUGGACAGCAUCUUGAGGUUUUUCCUCCAACAAAGUCAAGCGUUUGCAGAUUGGUGGAAGCUCUUUAACGCAUGUCAACCUUGGGUGCGAAUUGGACACUGCGAAAUGGGGACUCCACUAUAUUAUGCAUCGCUCCUCAAUCUCCAACGAACAGCACAAGUCCUAUUAGAUAAGGGCGCGGACAGCAACGAGCAGGGCGAACAUGGAAGUGCACUCCAGCUAGCUUCAGCUAAAGGCCACGAAGCAAUCGUGAAUCUCCUCCUACCUAGUGGCGCGGACAUUCACGCGCAGGGUAAGUAUGGAAAUGCACUCCAGCUAGCUUCAGCUGAAGGCCACGAAGCAAUCGUGCAGCUGCUCCUAGCUAAUGGCGCGGAUGUCAACGCGCAGAGCCAGGCUGAUCAUAUGACUGCCCUCCAGCUAGCUUCAGCUGAAGGCCACGAAGGAAUAGUGCAGCUACUCCUAGCUAAUGGCGCGGAUGUCAACGCGCAGGACCAGGAUAAUCAUAUAACUGCCCUCCAGGGAGCUUCAGCUAAAGGCCACGAAGGGAUUGUGCAGCUGCUCCUAGCUAAUGGCGCGGAUGUCAACGCGCAGAGCCAGGCUGAUCAUAUAACUGCCCUCCAGCUAGCUUCAGCUGAAGGCCACGAAGGAAUAGUGCAGCUACUCCUAGCUAAUGGCGCGGAUGUCAACGCGCAGGGCCAGGAUAAUCAUAUAACUGCCCUCCAGGGAGCUUCAGCUAAAGGCCACGAAGGGAUUGUGCAGCUGCUCCUAGCUAAUGGUGCGGAUGUCAACGCGCAGGGUAAGCGUGGAAAUGCACUCCAGCGAGCUUCAGAUAGAGGCCACGAAGCAAUCGUGAAGCUCCUCCUAGCUAGUGGCGCGGACAUUCACGCGCAGGGUAGGCAUGGAACUGCACUCCAGCUAGCUUCAGAUAGAGGCCACGAAGCAAUCGUGAAGCUCCUCCUAGCUAGUGGCGCGGACAUUCGUGAAUACGCGCAGGGUAAGCACGGAAAUGCACUCCAGCGAGCUUCAGCUAGAGGCCACGAAGCAAUCGUGAAGCUCCUCCUAGCUAGUGGCGCGGAUGUCAACGCGCAGAGCCAGGCUGAUCAUAUAACUGCCCUCCAGGGAGCUUCAGCUAAAGGCCACGAAGGGAUUGUGCAGCUGCUCCUAGCUAAUGGUGCGGAUGUCAACGCGCAGGGUAAGCGUGGAAAUGCACUCCAGCGAGCUUCAGAUAGAGGCCACGAAGCAAUCGUGAAGCUCCUCCUAGCUAGUGGCGCGGACAUUCACGCGCAGGGUAGGCAUGGAACUGCACUCCAGCUAGCUUCAGAUAGAGGCCACGAAGCAAUCGUGAAGCUCCUCCUAGCUAGUGGCGCGGACAUUCGUGAAUACGCGCAGGGUAAGCGUGGAAAUGCACUCCAGCGAGCUUCAGAUAGAGGCCACGAAGCAAUCGUGAAGCUCCUCCUAGCUAGUGGCGCGGACAUUCACGCGCAGGGUAGGCAUGGAACUGCACUCCAGCUAGCUUCAGAUAGAGGCCACGAAGCAAUCGUGAAGCUCCUCCUAGCUAGUGGCGCGGACAUUCGUGAAUACGCGCAGGGUAAGCACGGAAAUGCACUCCAGCUAGCUUCAGCUAAAGGCCACGAAGCAAUCGUGAAGCUCCUCCUAGCUAAUGGCGCGGAUGUCAACGCGCAGGGUAAGCAUAGAAAUGCGCUCCAGCGAGCUUCAGCUAGAGGCCACGAAGCAAUCGUGAAGCUCCUCCUAGCUAGUGGCGCGGACAUUCGUGAAUACGCCCAGGCGCGGAUGCCAACGCGCGGGCCCGUGAAGAACCUCGACCUACAUGCCCUCCACCUAGCUUCAGCUAGAGGCCACGAAGAGAUUGUGAAGCUGCUCCUAGCUAAUGGCGCGGAUGUCAACGCGCGGGGCCAGGAUAAUCAUAUAACUGCCCUCCUGCUAGCUUCAGCUGGAGGCCACGAAGGGAUUGUGCAGCUACUCCUAGCUAAUGGCGCGGACAUUGCUUUCCUAUUCAGGCCCCUGGGAAGGGAUUGA